AUGACGGCCGGACAUUUUAGACUCGUAGCUGCCAUUUUAGGCGGCCUGUGUAUCUCGACUGCACUUUCCCAAGUGCCGACUAUGCUCGAGCAGAGUGAGGAGAGUGAAUUUGAAGUCCAACUCUUCAAAUUGCUGCAAAAGAUAUUCAAAGAAGAGCCCUUCGACACGUUGCUGUUGUACACACGUCCUCAGCAAAACUGCGCUUUUCAUUCAUUGUCAAGUAAUUGGCCCACGGUGCUGGUGACCAACGGUAGCACCGAUUAUGAUUGGAACUAUAGCAGUACCGCAUUGGUGCUUGCCUGUGAUGACAACGCCGAGCAAGAGGAGAGCGAUCGCACCUUGUUCAAGCUGCGGCAGGCAAGACGAUUGGUGCGCACGGAUACGGCAGGACCCGAGCAUGCGGCUACCCUUUGUGAGCUGUACUUUGAACUGGAGCAGCACAAUAUCGUUCUGCUGGACGAGAACUUUGCCUCAACGGGUGUUUACUACAGUUGUCGAAAGUUCCUCUCUGCCUAUGCGGUCUUAGUGGAGCAGCAGUUGUCAUCCCUUCAGCCCGCCUAUGUGAAACAAUUUCGAAAUAUGCAAGGGGCGCUAAUCCUGACCGAUGUGGACCAACUGGCCCCAAGAUCUAUGCUCUAUCAGGACAAGCAGAGCGGUGAAAUGAAAAUGAUGGGCUACUGUGCCUCUCUGCUGCUCACAUAUGCUAAACGCGUAAACGCGACUCUAAAGCUGCGCUUAGAUCAGGAAAUUGGACACGUCAUCUUCUAUGGUGAUAUUCAUGAGUGGGCGCGCCAGAAUCUAAUUGAUAUUGCCACAGCCAUGUCGAUAAAUAUGAUGUCGAGGUCCUUUGACCACAUAAGCUAUCCAUAUAUGAUAUCCAGUUACUGCCUUAUGAUGCCGCUACCCCAACCGGUGCCGUACAAUGUGGUAUAUGGCAUGAUUAUCGAUCCUCUAGUAGUCUCCAUUCUUCUGCUGCUCUUCUGCAUCUUCUCGCUACUAUUAAUAUACACGGAUCAGCUGUCGUGGCGACAUCUCAGCUUUAGCAAUGUGCUGUUCAACGAUAGGACUCUACGAGGCCUGCUUGGCCAAUCCUUUCCGAUGGUCGCCAAUCCCAGCAGGCACUUGAAGCUCAUAUGUUUUCUGCUCUGCUCUGCCAGCAUUCUGAUCACGACCAUGUACGAGGCCUAUUUGAAUGCUUACUUUACACAUCCGCCAUCCGAACCAUUUAUACGCAGUGUGGAGAGUAUCGCCCGAAGUCAUCUCCGUGUUCUGGCCAUGCGCCGCGAAACGAAGGUUCUUCUGGCCGCGGUUGGCCGCACUCCGGAAACAGUUGAGUUCCAAGUAGUCGAUUACAUAGACGACAUAAACCAAUUAAUACAAACACGAAACAGUUUAAAUACCUCGUUUGCUUAUCCGGUGACAGAGCUACGUUGGCGCACCUACCAGGAGCAGCAAAAACUGUUUAAGCGGCCUCUAUUCUACUACUCUAAGGACAUUUGCCUCAAUGAGUUCAUGCUGCUGUGCUUGCCCAUGCGCAAGGAGCUGCCGUAUCGAGACCUCUUCGAAAUGCAUAUUCUCUAUGUGCAGCAGUUCGGCUUGAUGGAGCACUGGGUAGAGCGUAGCUUCUAUCAAAUGGUGCAGCUGGGACUAACACCUCUGAAGGACUUGAGCCAUCCGUCGAAAAUUGAGGAUGCCAUCUUAGUGGAAGAUCUCAUAUGGAUAUUCGCUCUAUAUCUGGCCCUCCAAGCAUUAAACUGCUUCUGUUUUGUUGGCGAGCUUUUGAAGUUUCGCUGGCAGCGUAGGACUCUUGGACGUGCUAGAAAGCCAAGGCAACGCAUCAAUAAAGGACAACAUAAGAUAGUUAUCGGCGUGGCACGCAGCCCAAAAAAAAUUGGACAACGCCCCCCGUAG